AUGUCUUCAAUAUCAAGUACCGUUUGUGCGGGAUGUAAAAACACUCUGCCUAGAAAAGAAUAUCUUACUUGUGCUAUCUGCAAAGCAAAAUAUGAUAACGAAUGUGGCAAUGUUCCUUUGCGACAGUUUCAACAGAUGGAUUCGCAACACAAAAGCAAUUGGAAGUGCCCAGAAUGUUUAAAUAAACAACCCAAAAUGGGAAACAUUCAUACACCUGUAAGGUCCGCUGUAGUUAGUGGCGAAAACAAAACUUGUACUGAUACCUCCGAAGUGUCAUACGUAACAACACGCAAGAAACCAAGUAAGUCGCCGCCUCAUAUCACUUCAAAAUGUAAGGACAAUGAUUUCGAUUUAACGGAAAGCAAAUUGCGUGACAUCAUUCAACAAGAGUUAGCUUCUACAAUACAAAAAUUAGUUUCUAGCCAGCUCAAUACCAUUAAUAAUCAGAUAUCUGGUUUUUAUACAAUGUUAGAUAUAUACUAUCAAAAUGUUAGAGGCUUAAGAACAAAAACUAAUGAUGUGUUUAAAAAUAUACUUAAUUCGGAUUAUAAAAUUAUUGCACUCACGGAGACUUGGCUGAACUCAACGAUUUCUAGUAAUGAAAUAUUCGACUCCCGUUACGUUGUGUACAGGAAGGAUCGUGCGUGUUCAGAGAACUCAAAAAAAGAUGGUGGUGGUGUGCUAAUUGCUGUAUCUCGUGACAUUUCAUCGUACCGAAUGACUCACUGGGAAAGUGAUGACGAAAACAUAUGGAUUGUAGUGGACGUUACUGGUAAUCGAUCUAUUAAAAAAAUUGGCCUUUGUGUUGUUUACAUGUCACCACCUGUUAAAAUAGAAAAAUUGGUAAAGUAUCUUGAAACAGUGGAUAUAGUGACUAACCAAGUCGAUGAUGUUGUUAUAGUAGGAGAUUUUAACAUGAGUUUUAUAAACUGGAAUAGUAGUGAUAGUUGUAACUUGCAACGCCUACAUUCUAGCUUUAUUGAUUUUACCGGAAAAUACGUAGGUGCAUCCAUGAGGGUGGGCUCCAUCGGAGGAUGGAGGAUGGAGGCAGCUUCCUCUUACUCACCCCAA